GUAGCAAAUCCUAUAGUACAACCUAUUCCUGGAGCAUAAGAAAGAAUGAGUAUCUCUAUUUUUAUUCGUAUAAUUAUCGUUACUUUUUGUUGCUUGCCAUUGUUCGAUAGCGUCGUUUCAGGAACUAUGAAAUGCAAUGGUAUGGAAGAGCUAUGUGAAUUAAGACUAAACCAGGUUACCUUACCCGGGACGCACAACUCGGGUUCCGGGUUCAACGGUCACUUGUAUCACUGGGGAGGUGGUAUUGCAGGAUCUAGUCUAUGGAGAAACCAACAAUGGAGCUUUACACGUCAAUUGGAUUAUGGGAUUAGGUAUUUUGAUAUUGAUACUUGCUACGUUGAUAAGGAAUAUAGCGAUUGGUGGACCAAAGGAGCCUGGGCUUGUCACAUGGGUAUGGGGACAGCUGCGUACGCAGGUCCAGUCAAGAAAAUCCUCCAACAAAUCAAUGAUUGGCUCAACAAACCAGAACACUUAAACGAGGUGGUCGUCAUCAAGUUUGGUCGCGAUGUCGAAGUCGACUUCAAACCGGAACGAAUUUACAAAAGCAUUCUCGCAGAUCUGAAAAACCUUGGUUGGAAGCCAACGCCGUCAACCAAGAGCGCUAAAUCUCUAACAGCAAACGCUGAGUUCGGUAAGAACUACCAAUGGCCGAAGCUCAGAGAUGCUAUCAACACAAACCAGAGGGUUUUUCUCUUCUUUAGCGAGAAAUUGAUGAAGUUUAGCAAACCGUCUGAGUUUCGGGGAACUCCGUGGAUUAUCACGGCUGAGAGGGAAGUCAAGAUUACUUGGCCCGACGUUGGGGGAGACUGUAGUGGUGUUGUAGACAAGAUCGUUAAAAACUGCAAGAAGUUUAAGCGCCAUGGUGGUCUAUUAGAGUUGGAUGUGUUUGGGUUUUCCGUAACCGUAUCAACCUGGGCAAUGCAGGGUAAAUGUGACAAGUACAUGCAGAAGUCAAUGGAUGAAUGCUUUGCCGUGACCAAGAAAUACCACAAGACUGUCAAUGCAGUGUUAGCUGACUGGGUGGAUCGAUCAAAGUCACCCAACACGGUACUGGAUGUUGCGAGGAAGCAAAAUGAGCGCAAUAUUGCUAUGUUCAAGAUUAAUGGACGAUAGUCUCCUACUAGUCUUCUUGAAUUCAGUUCACUUUGAUAUAUAAAUAUGUUAUAUUGCGUGACGUGUCACGCAAGGACGCGCAAGUGAUACCUUAGACUAGAAAGAGUGGGUAAGCCUAGAGUUAUCGAAACAAAUGCAUCAACGCAAAUAAAGUCAUUAAAAAUAUAACGAUAUACAAUAUCAUAAAUAUCACGACUAA